GUUUAAACACAGUGUUAUUGGUAGACCUGGGCAAAUGUUUACUGUACAAUAAGAAAAGAUCAAUUUCGGAUGUUUCCUAUAUAUGGGAUACCUUUACAGUCUGUUUUGUGUUAAAUGAAUUAAAGAUUCGCACCGUGUGAAUAAAGGAAUAAAGAAAGUGGUGAAAAUAAAUAUUAUGCAGUAGUUAUACUGUUAGAGAUUUAAAAGUUUAUUCUUUCACACCUGCAGGAUUAAAAUUGGAUUAGUUUAUAGUUUAAACAGCAACAGCAGAAGUAGGUCAACAUGAAAUCCACACCUGUGAUAAUCACUAUAAUCACCAUGGUAAUGUCAUGGUAUGUGGUAACAGCAGAAACAGAACUUCAACCAAAUAACCCAGACAAGUUAGAUCCUGACGCUGCACAUGUAUGUCAGGUUACAGAUAAAAUACCAUACACAGUAAGAGUUUCGUUUACACAGUAUUAUACACAGAAAACAAAUACAUGGUGUCUGAGUAUUCCACCAAGAUGUACAGAAUACAGAAUCGCUGCCAGAACAGCCUACAAAGUAGAAACACGCUACAAUAGCCAAAUACGCUACUUUUGUUGUGAAGGUUACAAAUCGUUACUCGGCAACAAUUAUUGCAUACCUAAAUGUACAGACAAUUGUUAUGCUAAUAAGACACAGGGAUAUUGUGUUUUACCUGACAAAUGUAAAUGUGAGCCAGGGUUUAAAGGUGCAAAUUGCCAGUCAGGAUGUGCCAGUAACCAAUGGGGACCAGAUUGUUCAAACACAUGUCAAUGUGGUACUCACGGGUCAUGUGACCCUACCAACGGCAACUGUGUGUGUCAUAUUGGUUACACCGGAAACGAUUGUUCUACCAAGUGUUACAACAGCUUCGGUCUGAACUGUGUGCAUUCAUGUGUAUGUGAGAACGGGGCGACAUGUGACCACGUCAAUGGUAAAUGUACUUGCGCACCUGGCUAUUUUGGAGCAUAUUGUCAUAAACAAUGUGACCCAUCAACCAGCGGAGAAGAGGGUUGCGAACAGACUUGCCCAUGUCAGAAUAACGGUGUAUGUGAUUCGAUUUCAGGUGCUUGUAUUUGCCCACCUGGCGUGAAGGGUGAAUUCUGUACAGAGUUUUGCGAUCGUUUCCACUGGGGCAUCAACUGUACCAAUACAUGUCAGUGUAACUCUGGUGUGUGCAACCGGAAAGAUGGAACAUGUGCAUGUUACCUAGGAUACGCUGGUGACAGCUGUAACAUCAAGUGUCCAGAAGGAUUUUAUGGUGUCGGCUGCCUGACGCAGUGUGGUUGUAGAAAUGGCGGGAAAUGUUAUCGUGACACAAAUUCUCAACUCACCAUGUGUAAUUGUGAGGGAACUGGUUACCAUGGUGAUACAUGUGCUGUAAGAGACUGUGAGGAAGGUAAAUAUUUGGUUCCCGGCACAUCAGCAGCUUGCCAAGACUGUAGUUGUAACUGGAAUAAUACAGACAGUUGUCAUCCAAAGUCUGGUUCCUGUUCUUGCAAACCUGGUUACACCGGGAACCAGUGUACAGAGACAUGUACUAUGCCAUUUUAUGGUGAGAAUUGUUCGAAAGUUUGUUCAUGCGCUAACGGUGAUUGUGAUCAUGUGACCGGAGAGUGUACAUCAUGUUAUCCUGGAUAUAUAGGGGAAAAAUGUGAUAAAAGAUGUCCAGAUGGUUAUUGGGGAAAAGACUGUUUGAAAAGGUGCGCAUGUGAAAAUGACGCCAUCUGUCAUCCGAGAUACGGUUACUGCGAAUGUCUCCCCGGAUAUUUUGGUAAAACUUGUGAGAAGUCAUGUCCCAUUGGUACAUUUGGUUUCAACUGUAGUCAAGUUUGUUCCUGUCCAGAGAGGUCAACUUGUAGUCCACGCAAUGGUCAAUGUUUAUGUCACCCAGGUUAUACUGGUAAAUCUUGUGACCAGUCAUGUGAAGCAGGGAAGUACGGAUAUUUCUGUAGACAAACAUGUGACUGUACAUCAGGUGGGACAGACUAUUGUAACCAUGUACAUGGAUACUGCCAUUGUAAAGGAGGGUGGUCAGGAAAGAAAUGUGACAUAAUAUGUGCAGAUAAUAAUUGGGGACCAAACUGUGUUAAAACAUGUAAUUGUAAUGGGAACGGGAGGUGUGAUGGUGAAACAGGUGACUGUCUCUGUUUUGAUGGCUUCCAGGGCACAGCUUGUGACACAGAUGACAAGGGUAUUACCAUUAUUGCGCAACAGAAAGGUAGCGACGUAGAAACGGCUUCGUCAGGUGCGACAGCUUUAAUUAUUGCUGUCGUAAUUCCGUGUGUCAUACUACUUGUGAUCAUUGCCCUAAUUGUGGCGUACUAUAUGAGAAAGGUACGAGGAUUGAAGGAGGAAAAUAUGCGUGUGAGGUACGAGGCCGACGGUAUCAUACCUGGAGAAACAACUAUUCCAAAUGGUCAUGCUGGUACCGCUAUUGGUGUAGAUAAUCCAUUAUAUACUGCUGAUAAUGACAGAAACGAGCGCCGGUACCCACAUCUCAGUCAACAUGCCUCUGUAGCCCGGCCUCCUCUCCCACAUCGUCAGCAAUCAUGUGACCCCUGCGAUGAGAUUGAUGUGGAAAAAUUACAAGUCACGCUAGAUGAUCGAAGAAGUCGACCGGUUUCUUCUCAAUACGCUGAUAUCGAUGACGUUGAGGACCGCUACACAACGUUAAAAUCUGUAUCUGGUGCUUCCAACACUUUAGGAGGAGGUGACGGAACGUUACAAUUUAACACAGACAAAAAAUUUGACGAUGAUGUCGAUCAUCUGUCAACAUCUUCUGAAAAUAGUACCGGAUUUACGAACAAGGGUUAUGGUCCAGAUGCCACACCAGAAGACAACCAGAGUAUCGCCUUAUUCUUUGAGAAUGAAACAAAUCAUUUCUUGUCGGGGAAAUUCUUCCUCUUGAGUGGACAGUUUAACAUGGCAAUGAAACAUUUCUUACGUUGUGAUGGUGAGAACAGUGAGGCUAUCGAGCUUGCUAUAGAGACAGUGGCACGUGCUAAUGAUGAUCAGCUGACCCACAAGCUCGUCAACUUCCUGACGGGAGAUACGGAUGGUGUUCCAAAGGAUGCCAAGUACCUGUUUAGAUUAUACAUGGCCUUGAAACAGUGGAGGGAGGCUGGUAGAACAGCCAUUAUCAUUGCCCAAGAGGAACAAAGCGCUGGUAACUACAGGAAUGCCCAUGAUGUGUUGUUCAGUAUGUCCCAGGAGUUGAAGCAGCAGAAGAUUCAGAUACCCACAGAGAUGGCAAAUAAUCUCAUGAUCCUUCAUAGCUACAUACUUGUUAAGAUUCAUGUUAAAAGAGAUGACCAUUUAAAGGGAGCUAGGAUGUUAAUCAGAGUGGCAAAUAACAUCAGUAAAUUUCCAUCAUGUCAUAUUGUGCCUAUUCUAACAUCCGCUGUGAUAGAGUGCCAUAGAGCAGGUUUGAAGAAUUCCUCAUUCAAUUACGCUGCUAUGUUAAUGAGACCAGAGUACAGAAAUCAGAUAGAUCUAAAACUCAAGGAAAAGAUUGAAUCGAUCGUGAAAAGGCCGGACAAAACAGAAGAAGAGGAGCCAUGUACCCCAUGCCCGUACUGUGGCUUACAGUUAGCCGAGACCGAGCUUCUGUGUCCGGAAUGUAAGGGCAAUAUACCGUACUGCAUCAUCACAGGUCGACAUCUCGUCAAUGAGGACAUGUCAGCCUGCCCAAGCUGCGACUUCCCAGCUAUAUUCUCAGAAAUUAUUAGGUAAGGUAGUGAUCAUA